UGUACUUCUUUUAAUCCCAUUCUCAUAUACUGGACUAACUAGCCCUGCCUGUUUGCUAAGGGCUGGUUUUUACAGACAGCCUGAAACUGUCAAACAUUGCUGCUCACUCCUCCGGAGUAUUUAUUUUUGCAUUCUCUCACGGUCUUUCUAUCAGUUUACCUGGACUAUUCAUUUUAUCUGGGGGUUUGACCAGAAUGGCCUCCAUGGCUCCAGGCAAUUUCUCCUGGGUCGAACGGGGCAAGCUGGCUGGACUGGCGCUGCCCAGGAUGCCCUCUGAUUACCGCUACCUGGUGGACAAUGGCAUCAAACACCUUGUCUGCCUGUGUGAGAGAAAACCACCUUACCAUGACACGUGCCCAGAUUUACAGCUGCACCAUAUCAAGAUAGCAGACUUUACCCCUCCUUCACCCAGUCAGAUUGAUAGAUUUCUCUCCAUUGUGGAAGAGGCCAACGCCAAAGGGGAGGGUGUGGGAGUUCACUGCAUGCAUGGUCAUGGCAGAACAGGGACAAUGCUGGCUUGCUACCUGGUAAAGACUAGGAAGAUUUCGGGGAUCGACGCCAUCAACGAGAUCCGUAGAAUGCGGAGAGGCUCAAUCGAGACUAAUGAACAGGAGAAAGCUGUGGUGCAGUUUUAUCAGCGCACAAAGUAGCUUUAGGAGCACAUGUAGCGGUGCAACUUUUUAUACCAGACAAGUUUAAAAUGAAAAGACAUGACUCAGCUACUUUGCUUCAUCGAUAUUUUAUUACCUAAGGUCGGAGUUAAAGUUCAACGAGCUGAUAAAUAUAAAACUUGAAUGUCCUAGCAUCACUAGACCUGAAAACAGCAGUAACCCUCAGUGUAUGCUGGAGACAAUUCAUGAAGACAAACAAUAGUACUAAAACGCCAUAUAUAAGCUGCCUUUUUACAUGGUACUGUAUGUUAUUAACUUUUCUAGCACAUCAUCAUUAUUCAUAUUCUUCCCCUGAGGUUUCCUGUUUUAAAGGCUUUUUAAAAGAACUCACAACAAAAAUAAAACCCAUAACAAUAACUCUAAAAGUAUAACAAUCAGUUAUGAAUAAAUCCAUCACAUGUUAUCAGGCAUCAUAUUAAAAAGUAUAAUUUUACUUAAGAAAUUUGGCUAAACAGUCUUAAGUGCUGUUGGGUCUCCAAAAUUUGCACUAAUGCCCAUCAGGAUACCAUGGACAGACUACGAAAAGUAUGAAUAAACCUGUGUUCAGAGGCUGACAGCUGUUGCUACACAGUGUUGGAUUCUUCUGUAUUCAAAAUGUAUUCUUCACCAGAGUAGACCGUUAUAUCUUUAUGGUUAUCAUUAUAUCUAAUAUUCUUGGUUUGUGCAGCCUUUUAACCUCUUUUUAUGCACUGGAUGCCAAGGAAAAGAGUCGCUGACGUUCUUUGAACGAGAGUUUUUCUGGAGCUGAUGCCCUCCUGAUUUCCUCCUCUUGAUUCCUGUAAACAAACAAAAAUAUUAUCACAAAUACUUGAAUAGUGAAUAUUUAAUGGGGAUUGAGUUUCUGGGACACAAAUGGUUGCUGUGCUGUCUAGAAAUGCAGUAAUACUGUAGUCUGUAGAUUUCUUUUACUCAGGGAUCUUUUGAAAGCUUUUUAAAAGCUUUAUGGAAGAAUUUAAUUACAAAAACAUCUCACUGUUUUAGAAUUACAACGGAGUACAUGAAAAAACUUAUGCAUGAACGUUACGGUGUGGUUAAAUAAAAAAAAAAAAAGAAAUAGCUGCAUUAUGUGGAUUUAAUUUUCAAUGUUUGGCUUCAGCAGUUUUAAACUCACUCUUCUGGUGCCAUGUUGUUAAACUCUUGACUCUGUCCACUUGGUCUUUGAUCUGCCAAAAACAUGCAAAUGUUAAAUCGUGCAAUAAAUAAAUAAAUAUAUGAUGAGC